UAACAACCCAAUGUUUUUCUUUUUCCGGCUGGCCAUUUUCCCUCCCAGGAGAGCAAUAAGCAACCAUGGCGCCCAGCCGAAAUGGCAUGAUAUUGAAGCCCCACUUCCACAAAGACUGGCAAAGACGGGUGGCCACUUGGUUUAACCAGCCAGCCAGGAAGAUCCGCAGGAGGAAAGCACGGCAGGCAAAGGCCUUUCGGAUCGCUCCUCGUCCAGUAUCUGGAACAAUCAGACCCGUCGUGAGGUGCCCCACCGUUCGGUAUCAUACUAAAGUCUGGGCUGGUAGAGGAUUCAGCCUGGAGGAAUUGCGGAUGGCUGGCAUCAACAAGAAGUUUGCCCGGAUGAUCGGGAUCGCGGUGGACCCCCGUCGCCGCAACAGGUCCACAGAGGCCCUGCAGACCAAUGUCCAAUCACGUGGGGUGACUGCUGGGUUCACGUUUGCCGGGCCCAUAACCCCUCUCGACCCACAACGGGAUCAGGGCCGGGGUCUCAGGGCUCCCUCAGGCACUGCAGGUCUUCCUCCAGGAGAGGCUGCAGUAGACGUCUUGGAUCGACUGGAGCUGAUGGAAGGGCAGACUGUCUUGACAAUCUUCCCAGCAGAUGCCCGUGUGAUCAAUCUGUUGGGAAGGCCGACUCAAGAGCUUGCUGGGUGCCACCACGACCCACAAGAGUCUCUAUUGAGGUAA